CGCUGUUCUUUUGAUUGCUCUCAGUCAGGGUAAGCUAUCUUGCUGAUAGCUGCAUUUUGAAGGUAAACAAGAUAUCAAAUUUAAUCCAUUAGCUCAAUAUUAGAUAUUAAUUUCUUGUUGACCAACAUUAGAAUACAAAUCUGAACAAUGAUGGUGUUUAGAAUCUAAGGUUUUAUUGUUAUUUCUAGAUUGUAGAUUACGAAUGGGUGUUGGACGUGUGGCUGGACCACCAGUGUAGUCUUGAUGAUGUGGACGAGUGUUGGACGUGUGGCUGGACCACCAGUGUGGUCUUGAUGAUGUGGCUGGGUGUUGGACGUGUGGCUGGACCACCAGUGUGGUCUUGAUGAUGUGGCUGGGUGUUGGAAAUCAGUGCUGAGUGUUUGAUGUGUCUCAAGGAUAUAUUGCUCCUCUUUUCUACUUCUGAAUGCACAUUGGGUGCUACAGUACAAGUCAUGAAUGAAAGUCUACUCUUGACAUCCACCGGGCUACUUGUGUAAGGUACAAUUAUUGGGCUUCUCGUCGUCUUGGGAACAAAUGAGAUAUGAAAUUGUAUUGAAGUCUCUAUAAAAAGUCACCAAAAUCUUACAUUCUAAUGCUAUAUUAAAGUUCAUACAGAAAAGCUGCAUUGGUGGUCAGUGUAUUAAGUUUUUAGAUAAUUUAGCAAAUUAUUACAUGAGAGCUGUCACAGAGCAGAAGCCAUGUCUGUAAUCAGUGAUUCUGAAAGUCCUCCCUCUAAAAUCACAUCUAGUAAGACAUCUUUAAGUUCAUACAGGAAAAAACCUCACCGUUGUACAGAAUGUUUCAAAGACUUUAAAGUAAAAUCAGCUCUAGUUCAACAUAUGAGAGUCCAUACUGGAGAGAAACCAUAUUUGUGUUCAGUGUGUCCAAAAACCUUUUCAAUCAGAUCAUCUCUAGUAAAGCACUUGAGAGUUCAUACAGGCGAGAAACCGUAUCAGUGUUCAGAGUGUCUAAAAGUUUUUGCAGUCAAUUCUGCUCUAGUACAACAUAUGAGAGUUCAUACAGGAGAGAAACCAUUUCAAUGUACAGUGUGUCUGAGAUGCUACUCUGGCAAGUCAUCUCUAGUAAAACAUAUGCGAAUUCAUACGGGAGAGAAACCAUUUCAGUGUUCGGUGUGUCUAAAAGAGUUUAAAGUAAAUUCAUCUCUAGUGAAACAUAUGAGAGUUCAUACAGGAGAGAAACCAUAUCGGUGUACAGAGUGUUUUAAAGACUUCUCUGAAAAGUCAUCUCUUGUGAAACACAAUAGAAUUCAUACAGGUGAAAAGCCAUAUCAGUGUUCGGAGUGUCAAAGAAACUUUGCAAUAAAAUCAAACCUUGUAAAACAUAUGAAAGUUCAUGAUGAAGACAAACCAAAUCAGUGUACAGUAUGUCUAAAAGACUUUGACACACAAUCUGCACUUGCAACACACAUGAGAGGUCAUGCAGGAAAACAGCCGCUUCAGUGUUCAGUGUGUUUUAAAGAUUUUUCACAAAAUUCUGCUCUAAUACAGCAUAUGAGAGUUCAUACAGGAGAGAAACCAUACCGUUGUUCAGAGUGUCAAAAAGAUUUCUCCGUAAAAUCAAAUCUUGUUAAACACAUGAGACUUCAUACAGGAAAGAGACCAUUUCAGUGCUCCUUAUGUCCUAAAAAUUUUAACCAAAAAUCUCAACUAGUGCAACAUUUGAAAAUUCACACAACUGAUAACAAAUAUAAAUGUUCAAUGUGUCACCAAACCUUUUUGCAAAAAUCAGCUCUUGAAAUGCAUCUGAAAGUUCAUACUGAGGACAGACAGUAUCAGUGUACAGAGUGUCUUACAUACUUCUCAGAAAAAACAUCACUUAUAAUGCACAUGAGAACUCAUUCGGAGGAUAGACCACAUCAGUGUUCAGAGUGUCUUGAAGACUUCGGAGAUAACUCAUUGUUAGAUAUACAUAUGAGAGUUCAUAAAAGGAAUAAACAACUUCAAUGUUUGGAGUGUGUUGAAGGCUUCAUAGAUGAAUCAUCUUUAGUUAACCACAUGAAAUCUCAUUCAGAGGUUAAACCACAUCAAUGUACAGUGUGUCUUGAAAUCUUCAUGGACGAGUCGUCUCUAAUUGAACACAUGCGAGCUCAUACUGGAUAUAAACCACAUCAGUGUUCAGUGUGUCUUGAAGACUUCAUGUUUGAAUCAUCUCUAGUUAAACAUAUGCGAAGUCAUAAAAAUGAUAAACCACGUCAGUGUUCAGAAUGUCUUGAAGACUUUAUGGAUGAAUCAUCUCUACUUAAACAUAUGAAAACUCAUUCAGGGGAUAAACCUCAUCUGUGUUCAGAAUGUCUUGAAGAAUUCUUAGAUGAAUCAUCACUAGUUAAACAUAUGAAUAUUCAUACUGAGGUUAAACCACAUCAAUGUACCAUGUGUCUUGAAAUCUUCAUGGAAGAGUCAUCUCUAAUUGAACACAUGCGAGCUCAUACCGGACAUAAACCACAUCAGUGUUCAGUGUGUCUUGAAGACUUCAUAUUUGAAUCAUCUCUAGUUAAACAUAUGCGAAAUCAUAAAAAUGAUAAUCCACAUCAGUGUUCAGACUGUCUUGAAGAAUUUACUGAUAAAUCAUGUCUAGUUAAACAUAUGAGAGUUCAUGCAGGUGAUAAACCACAUGAGAGCUCAGAGAUUUGUGAAGAUGUCACAGAUCAACAAACUGUAGUAAAACAUAUGAAAACUCAUUCAGUGAAUACUAUACAUCAGUGUGUAGAGUGUCAUGAAGAUUUUGAGGAUGAAUCAUCUCUAGCAAAUCACAUUAGAGGUCAUACUGGAGAGAAGCCUUAUCACUGUACAGUAUGUCUAAAAUCAUUUACAGAAAAUUCUUGCCUAUUGAAGCACAUGAAAGUUCAUGAUGAGAAAAACAUUGUUGAAUGCACCUGAAAACAUUUUAUCAAAUUUCAGUGAAAUUAUGGGUAUUCUCUUUAUUCUAGCAUUUGUGGUCAGAUGCAACUCAUUCUGUAUGCAUGCAUUGGCUAAGAGAAAAAAAACUUCCAUAUAUAUAGCUUAUGAUUGACCAAGUUGUUCUUUAGUUUGUCAGACAAUAAUUUAUCCAAAUUGAGUAAUUGUGUUAUUAUGCGUUUUCUCUAUCCAUCGUUUCUCAAACUUGGCUCAGCGGAACCCCUAGGUAACUAAGGGUUCUGCAAGAGGUAGUGAUAAAUAUGCUAAUUCUAAUCAUAUGUAAAUGUAUUUUUGUGUUUAAUUUUUCUCAUUUAACCAGCAUCAAAGUCAAAGGCAGAUAUCAUCUCCUUUCAGUUGACAAUGAAAUCCAUGUGUGUUUGUCUAAUCUAUGACCUGGAACUAUUUCAAGUGUAUGCCACAGGGGGCAAUAUUGCAUUCCUGUUGAGACCAAGUGCUCUAUCUUAACAGCUCAAAUUAUGUUGAUUGAAAUUUUAAUUGUCAUUCAUGUCAACAGUUUUCAUGCAUUUUAUUUUAUUUUGUACUCUUGCAAAUUUCAUCUAAUGGUUUAUAGUUCUCAUCUGUCUGGGGAAUUGCUGUUCGAAGGCUUGCUACUUGUAAAAAUUCUUUUAUGAUUAAGUACAAGAAAUGUUUGUUAAAUGAUUUACUAAAAUAGGUGUAAAUGUUAAAUGCCAGAUUGCUGUGCUUAGCAUAGUUGAAUGACACAAGUAUUUAGUGUGUGGUGCACUCUGCUCUACACCUCUCACAUUCUUCUCCACAAAGUGCACGAUUCUCCCCUGGUCCAGUCUACACCUCCCCAGGCCCCAGGAAUCCAAGGUAGGUUUAUGUGGCAAUGUGGUGAAAGCUUUUAAUUAAGGAUGGAAAGCUUGAUGUGACAUGUCUGUGUAAAACAAAGCUGAAAGAAAUUUAAAGGUUAGAAUGACAUUAAGUAAAUGUAUGAGUGAAAGUAGAAAAGAAGAGAGAGUAAGACAGAUUUAAGUCUGGAAAUAAAUUAAGUAUAGUAUGGGACAAUGACUGACUUAGUGUCACAGUUCAAAGUGCCUGCAUGUAAUGACAGAAGAGAGAGAGAGAGAGAGAAAUUAAAGUGCUGUGUAUAGUAGUGUAAAGAAUGAGAUGAAUAUAAUCUCACCAGUAAAAAAUGAGAACCAAGAACAUCUGGUAUACAGAAAUUAUUAUAGUUGGUAUGAUGGAAUAGUACAACCCAUCCUCCUCUUCAGGUACUACUUAAAGUAACAGUGAGGAUUAUCGUACAUAUAUUAACAUACAAGGCAAUUAGAAAGUAAAAAUCGGUACUAUUGAAUUUGGACAAACUGCAAAAAUUUUCGUACUGAGGUUGCAAGGAAAACUUAACCUAAUCCUUCUAGGCCUAAUGCAUGUUUUCUGAGGCCUAAUAUAGUACAUAUACUGUAUAUGCUAUAAUAGGCCUAAUAAUAUUUAAGUUUGUUUUCUGGGGGAGCCCCUUCGGCUCCCCGGAGCUAU